GUGUCAAGUGUCAAAGAGUUCCUUUUCAAAUUUCAUUUUUCAACAUAUGUUGUAAAAUUUGUUAAAUUACAUUUACUAAAUUAGUAACAAUGGGUACGCUCGUCGAAUUGCAAGCUAAAAUAGCGGAGUUGGAAGAGAAAUUAAAAGCAGCCCAACAAUUUGUGGUUAAACGAGAGAAAAUCGAUGUAAUGUCUUCGGAAGUAGUGGAUACAAAUCCCUACAGUCGUUUAAUGGCGUUAAAGCGAAUGGGAAUCGUAGACAAUUAUGAGAGCAUACGUAAUUUCACAGUUGCUGUUGUUGGAGUUGGUGGAGUUGGGAGUGUCACAGCUGAAAUGUUAACCCGUUGCGGUAUAGGACGUCUAUUAUUAUUUGAUUAUGACAAAGUUGAAUUAGCCAAUAUGAACCGUUUAUUCUUCCAACCUCAUCAAGCAGGUAUUAGUAAAGUUGAAGCCGCCGCUCAAACUUUAAGAAACAUCAAUCCUGAUGUUGACAUUCAGACCUACAAUUAUAAUAUAACAACUGUAGACAACUUCCAACACUUUAUGGAUACCAUAUCCACGCAAAGUCUAACUGGUGGAAAUGUAGAUUUAUUACUAAGUUGUGUUGAUAACUUUGAAGCACGAUACGCUAUUAAUACUGCAUGUAACGAACUAAAUCAAAUUUGGAUCGAGUCUGGAGUAUCGGAAAAUGCUGUUUCUGGUCACAUUCAAUUAAUCAUUCCUGGUGAAACUGCGUGUUUUGCGUGUGCACCUCCUUUAGUUGUUGCCUCGCACAUUGACGAGAAAACCUUAAAAAAGGAUGGCGUUUGUGCCGCUAGCCUGCCGACUACGAUGGGUAUUAUUGCCGGUUUAUUAGUUCAGAAUACUUUGAAGUACUUGCUUAAAUUUGGAUCUACCGCGAAUUAUUUAGGAUACAGUGCGCUAAUAGACUUCUUUCCUACCAUGAAAUUAAAGCCUAAUCCGUCGUGCGAUGACAGCUAUUGUAAAAUUAGACAAACAGAGUUUUCUAGUAAGCCAAAAUUGAUAACGGACGAUCAAAAAGUUGAAGAGGAAAAACCUCUACAUGAGGACAAUAAUUGGGGAAUUAGUUUAGUAGAUGAAAGUCUUCCGGAAGGGGACUGUAAAGAGGAAAUAGCUACGGGUAUUAGUUUAGCUUAUGCUUUACCUCGUCAGGAUGUUGAUGUGAGCCCAGGUUCUGCAAGUGCAGCGGAUGGUAUUAAUCUGGAUGACUUGAUGGCACAAAUGAAAUCUAUUUAGGUGUUGCUUUUAACUGUAUUCACUUUUGUACAACUUUGUAUUUGAUAUAAUUUUAUUUAAUAUG